AUGGGUUGCAGUGACGAUGCGAAGCUAGAUGAAGGUGUAAGGUAUCAUUGUCUCGACCAUCCAGAUAUCUUGCUCCCAUGGAAUGUCACUCAGACCUGGGCUGACGGAAAUCUGUCAAAUGCUGGUUUCGGUGUUGACCAUGUCCCUCUUUCUGACACCCUCUGUCAGGACUCGCUGCUACCACCUCGCAACUCAUCUAGUCCAUGUGACACGGUUGGGUUUUAUUAA